CCCCCUGUCCCUCCUCCAGUCCCCCUGUCCCUCCUCCAGUCCUCCCUGUCCCUCCUCCAGUCCUCCCUGUCCCUCCUCCAGUCCUCCCCGUCCCUCCUCCAGUCCUCCCUGUCCCUCCUCCAGUCCUCCCCGUCCCUCCUCCAGUCCUCUCUGUCCCUCCUCCAGUCCUCCCUGUCCCUCCUCCAGUCCUCCCUGUCCCUCCUCCAGUCCUCCCCCUGUCCCCGUCCUCCAGUCCCCCUGUCCCUCCUCCAGUCCCCCUGUCCCUCCUCCAGUCCUCCCUGUCCCUCCUCCAGUCCUCCCGUCCCUCCUCCAGUCCUCCCGGGUCCUCCUCCAGUCCUCCCUGUCCCUCCUCCAGUCCUCCUGUCCCUCCUCCAGUUUCCUCCCUUGUCCCUCCUCCAGUCCUCCCUGUCCCUCCUCCAGUCCUCCCCGUCCCCCUCCUCCAGUCCUCCCUGUCCCUCCUCCAGUCUCCUCCCCUAGUCCCCGUCCUCCAGUCCUCCCUGUCCCUCCUCCAGUCCUCCCUGUCCCUCCUCCAGUCCUCCCUGUCCCUCCUCCAGUCCUCCCUGUCCCUCCUCCAGUCCUCCCUGUCCCUCCUCCAGUCCUCCCUGUCCCUCCUCCAGUCCUCCCCUGUCCUCCUCCAGUCCUCCUGUCCCUCCUCCAGUCCUCCCUGUCCCUCCUCCAGUCCUCCCUGUCCCUCCUCCAGUCCUACCUGUCCCUCCUCCAGUCCCCCCCGUCCCUCCUCCAGUCCCCCCGUCCCUGCGACAGUCCUCCCUGUCUAACCCGCUUCUCUCUCUCCUCUCUCCAGGCCACCCUCUCACUGCUCCUGGACCAUCUGAGCCUUGUUGCCUCCUACAGUGACUGUAACCGGAUGAACUGUCAGAACCUGGCUGUGUGUUUCGGCCCGGUGCUCCUGACCCCCACCCAGGAGUCCUGGAGACCCACUGCACCAGGACAGGGAGGGCAGGGCGGGCACGGGGGGAGCUCUGGACGGGGCGGACGGAGUUUCGCUCACAGUGAGGAGAUCGCCAGUGCUGUGGACUUCAAGAGACACAUCGAGGCCUUACAUUACCUGCUGCAGCUUUGGCCCAGUAAGUGUCUGUUGGUACUAGUAGACCUGCAUAUCCAACGGGCCAAACUGAUUGGAAUAACCUCAUUACAACCAGAGAAAUUGGUUGAAGUUAGAGUUUUGUUACAUCAUUUCAACCAGUCUUCCCACUUGGUAGUGAUACUGUAUUAUAUAUAUAUAGAUAUUAUGGUAAUGAUACUGUAUUAUUAAUAUAUAUUUUAUGGUAAUGAUACUGUAUUAUAUAUAUAUUAUGGUAACGAUACUGUAUUAUAUAUAUAUAUAUAUAUAUAUAUAUAUAUUAUGGUAAUGAUACUGUAUUAUAUAUAUAUAUAUUAUGGUAAUGAUACUGUAUUAUUAAUAUAUAUUUUAUGGUAAUGAUACUGUAUUAUAUAUAUAUAUAUUAUGGUAGUGAUACUGCAUUAUAUAUAUAUAUAUAUAUUAUGUAAUGAUACUGUAUUAUAUAUAUAUAUAUUAUGGUAAUGGAUACUGUAUUAUAUAUAUAUAUAUAUAUAUAUAUAUAUAUAUAUAUAUAUAUAUAUGUUAUGGUAAUGAUACUGUAUUAUAUAUAUAUAUAUAUUAUUAUGGUAAUUGAUACUGUAUUUUAUAGAUCAUAUAUAUAUAUAUAUAUAUAUAUAUAUAUAUAUAUUAUGGUAAUGAUACUGUUUUAUAUAUAUAUAUAUAUUAUAUAUAUAUAUAUAUAUAUAUAUUUGGUAGUGAUACUGUAUUAUAUAUAUAUAUUAUGGUAAUGAUACUGUAUAUUAUAUAUAUAUAUAUAUAUAUACUAUAUAUAUAUAUAUAUUAUAUAUAUUAUGGUAAUGAUACUGUAUUAUAUAUAUAUAUAUAUAUAUAUAUUAUGGUAAUGAUACUGUGUUAUAUAUAUAUAUAUUAUGGUAAUGAUACUGUAUUAUAUAUAUAUAUUAUGGUAAUGAUACUGUAUUAUAUAUAUAUAUUUUAUGGUAAUGAUACUGUAUUAUAUAUAUAUAUAUAUAUAUAUAUAUAUAUAUAUAUAUAUAUUAUGGUAAUGAUACUGUAUUAUCUAUAUGUUAUGGUGGUGAUACUGUAUUAUAUAUAUAUAUUAUGGUAGUGAUAUUGUAUUAUAUAUAUAUAUAUUAUGGUAAUGAUACUGUAUUAUAUAUAUAUAUAUAUAUAUUAUGGUAGUGAUACUGUAUUAUAUAUAUUAUUGUAGUGAUACUGUAUUAUAUAUGUUAUGGUAGUGAUACUGUAUUAUAUAUAUAUAUUAUGGUAGUAAUACUGUAUUAUAUAUAUUAUGGUAGUGAUACUGUAUUAUAUAUAUAUAUUAUGGUAGUAAUACUGUAUUAUAUAUAUAUAUUAUGGUAGUAAUACUGUAUUAUAUAUAUAUAUUAUGGUAGUGAUACUGUAUUAUAUAUAUAUAUAUGUAUUAUGGUAGUGAUACUGUAUUAUAUAUAUGUAUUAUGGUAGUGAUACUGUAUUAUAUAUAUAUAUUAUGGUAGUGAUACCAAAAGUAUGUGGACACCUGCUCGUGUCCAAACUGGUGUAUUUGAUUUGCAUCAGUAGGAUGUGUUAAGAACAUUUAAUCUCUGUCUUUGAAACCUUUCCUCUGUUUGCUUCCCCUUCCUUAGUUCCUACUGGAGGGAACGACGACCCUGACUCUCCCACCCUCCUCCAGCCCUCCUCCGGUUCAGACGUGCCUCCUUCCCCUCCCAGCCCCAUGCCCCAUAACCCCCUGCCGCGGCGCUGUCAGCGUGGCCUGUCCCUGCGUCUGGACCUCCCGGGGGACGAAGUGGGCGUGGUGUCGCGACGUGGGCGGGGCCGACUGGAGAGCCCACCCUGUAACCGGUAUGCUGGCGACUGGAGCGUGUGUGGGCGGGACUUCCUGUCUGGAGGGGAAGCGGACUACGAUGAGGUGGCGGGGAGCGACAGUGAUGAAGAGGAGGAAGACAGGGAGGAGAAGACGGCGGAGUGGACUCAGUACGUAGAGGACUUAGUCCUGGACUUUGACGCCCCGUUUACCUGCAGACUGAGUCUCAAAGACUUUGAUACGCUGAUAUCAGACCUGGAGAGAGAGCUGUCCAAACAGAUCAAAAUCUGUCUCUGAGAAAGAGGUAGAGUAGAGGAGAGGAGAGGAGAGGAGAGGGGAGGGGAGGGGAGGGGAGGGGAGGGGAGAGGAGAGGGAGGAGGGGGAGGGGAGGGGAUGGGGAGGGAGGGAGGGGAGGGGAGGGGAGGGGAGGGGGAGGAGGGAGAGGAGAGGAGAGGAGAGGAGACAUAG